AUGACCCCUCGAACUCUCAAUGGGCUACCCGUUGACGAGCACGGAGAGUUUUACUUCCCGGUUGAUGAGCACGGGCAGUAUUACUGGGAGAGCCGAACGUUCAAACUUAUCAGUGAUUGGAGAAGGCACCUGAACAAGCACGAGAGGCCAUACAAAUGUCACGAGCCAGGAUGUGAACUCCCAGGAUUUGAGCGAAAAGCCGGAUUGAUCAGGCAUCAGAGGGAAGUGCAUAACCUACACUUGUCAAUAUCUUUCUCGUGCCCGUUCCUGGACUGUGAGCGCAGUUGGCGGCCUUUUAGCAGGAAGCAAACCCUAGAUCGUCACCUUCAAAAGUGUCAUGGGUCAAUGCCAAAAAGGAACUUGAGUGCUCCAUGGAUGCCACCUUUGGAUCCAGCAGGAGUCACAGCAUCAACCGAAGGAGCAGUUGGGUACCAGUCCCCUGUCGAAGUAAUGACCCAAGGAGAAUUUGGACAGCAGUUCCAUGUCGAGGCAGCGACUGGACAAGAAAACCACCCGAUUUGGCAGACCGGAGAAGAACUUCGGCGCAGACAAUAUAUAUUUGAGUUGGAGGACUCCAUAGGACAACUAGCACAGGCAAUGACACCCACCUCCUUCCAAGUACUGACCGAGGAUACACCGACCGUCAUGGACCCUAGUCAACGGGUGUGUUGGACCGGUCAAUGGGAUCUCUCCGACAACACAAGCGCUACAAAUUGGGAUUUCACAGAUUUCGAGGCAUCCUUUCCAUGUCCACAAAUACUCCACUUUUAUCAGCCAAGUCCAUAUGAAACGACCAAUUCUCUAUGGACUGAGGGGGAAUGGACUGAACAAUUUAUGCGAGAUCGUAUAGAAUGGGCAUUCCGACAGAGCCAAUAA